AUGCUGGACGAGGGCGUGAUGGGCUUCACCGCAUCGGACCGCAACCUGAUCGGCCUGACCUCAUGCAGCAGCAAGGCCCUCUACAACCAGCUGUGGAUCACGCCCAAUGCCGUCAGCAGGAACUUGAUGGAACUGCCUCCCUUACUCCAACGGCGAGACGCUCAAGCAGUGCCAAGGUCGUGGAAGACCAUGGGCUGGCUCAAGACCUACGACAUCGACUCGCGCAGCGACUACAGCCCCUCGGGCAACGCCGUGACGGGGUCGCACACUGGUCCUGCCCCGUCCGGGAGAAAUCCAUUACUGAGGAGGAUCGUUCCAAACCUUCCGGUCCAAGGCCCCCUAUAG